UGCCUCCCCCUCGCGGCUCCCGGGGACGCAGCCAGUCUCGGCAGCAGCCAGGCAGGGAGCCACUCCUGCAACUUGGCCCCACUUGCAGCCACUUUGGGAAGAGGCUCGGCGGCUCGCAUUGCCGGAUCCAGCGGCUGGGGCUAGGGGGAGGCCCUUGGAGACCCCCCAGGAGCCGGGCAGGGGGCACCCCCUUGCCUCUCUGCCCCCCUUCCAGCGGAUCGCCCGGCUGGGGGGGCUGUGCAUGCAGGAGCACUGGAGGCGCCGCUCGCCGGAUGCUGCCUGGGGCGGAUUUGGGCUGCUCGUCUCCGCCGGCGAUGAAGGAUCUGCCUUGAAGAUGGAGAGGAUCUGCCUGGUGUUCCUGGCUCUGGUCCCCGCCUGCAUCAGGGGCCAGGGGGUUUACGCUCCAGCUCAGGCCCAGAUCAUCCAUGCUGGGCAGGCAUGUGUUGUAAAGGAAGAUAACAUCAGCGAGAGAGUGUAUACCAUCCGGGAAGGGGACACUCUGGUCCUGCAGUGUCUGGUCACAGGACACCCACGGCCACAGGUGAGGUGGACCAAAACUGCUGGCAGUGCCUCGGACAAAUUCCAGGAGACGUCGGUGUUUAACGAGACCCUUCGGAUUGAGAAGAUCCAAAGGCUCCAGGGGGGCCGCUAUUACUGUAAAGCAGAAAAUGGGGUUGGGGUCCCUGCCAUCAAGUCCAUUCGAGUAGAUGUGCAGUAUCUAGAUGAGCCUGUUCUCACCAUCCACCAAACCAUCAGCGAUGUGCGUGGCAGCUUCUACCAGGAGAAGACAGUUUUCCUCCGAUGCACAGUCAACUCCAACCCACCAGCUCGCUUCAUCUGGAAACGGGGAGCUGAGACACUCUCCCACAGCCAGGACAAUGGGGUGGACAUCUAUGAGCCUCUCUACACGCAGGGUGAAACCAAAGUCCUGAAGCUGAAGAAUCUGAGGCCUCAGGAUUAUGCCAGUUAUACCUGUCAAGUGUCUGUACGAAAUGUCUGUGGCAUCCCGGACAAGUCAAUCACCUUCCAGCUCACUAACACAACAGCCCCACCAGCUCUGAAGCUAUCAGUCAAUGAGACCCUGGUGGUGAACCCUGGAGAUAACAUCACUAUACAGUGCUCCCUCACUGGUGGUGAUCCACUGCCUGAGGUGGUCUGGUCUCACUCACCCAGUCCUAUGCCUCAAAACAGUCUUGUUCAAGGAGGCAAUCUCACCAUCUGGAGGAUCCGUGUGGAAGAUUCAGGUUAUUAUAAUUGCACGGCCAUCAACAACGUGGGAAACCCAGCCAAGAAGACAGUGAACCUGCUGGUGCGAUCCAUGAAGAAUGUCACGUUCCAGAUCACACCUGAUGUGAUCAAAGAGAGUGAGAGCAUCCAGCUAGGGCAGGACCUGAAGCUUUCCUGCCAUGUGGAUGCUGUCCCCCAGGAGAAGGUUUUCUACUUCUGGUACAAGAACGGAAAGCCAGCCAGGAUGUCAGACCGACUGCUCAUCACCAGGAAUGAUCCUGAGCUCCCACCAGUGACUAGCAGCAUGGAGAUCAUAGACUUGCGCUUUAGUGACUAUGGCACAUAUUUGUGUGUGGCGUCCUUCCAGGGUGCACCCAUUCCUGACCUCAGCGUUGAAGUGAACAUCUCUUCAGAAACAGUGCCUCCAACCAUCAGUGUCCCUAAAGGCCAGUCCACCAUCACUGUGCGGGAGGGCUCCCGGGCAGAGCUGCAGUGCGAGGUUCGAGGGAAGCCCAAGCCACCUAUCAUCUGGUCCCGGGUAGAUAAGGAAGCUCCCAUGCCCUCAGGCACCAUGACGGAGGAGACAUAUGAUGGGAAACUGCGUCUGGAGAGCGUGAGCCGGGAAAUGAGCGGGACCUAUAAGUGUCAGACAGCCAGGUACAAUGGCUUUAACAUCAGACCCCGGGAAGCCAUGGUACAGCUCAACAUACAGUUCCCCCCAGUGGUGGAACCAACUUUCCAGGACAUUCGCCAGGGCUUAGGCCGCAGCGUCACCCUGCGCUGCACCAUGCUGAAGGGAAGUCCCAUGAAAGUUGCCACUGCUGUCUGGCGUUUCAAUGGGAAUCUCUUGACGCUGCCCCCUGCAGAGCAGCAGGACUACUCAGAGCUGAAAGUGGACAGCGUGAGCCGGGACACCAGUGGUAGCUAUGAGUGCAGCAUUUCAAAUGAUGUGGGGGUCUCCACCUGCCUCUUCCAGGUGUCUGCAAAAGCUUACAACCCAGAGUUUUACUAUGACACCCCCAACCCCACGCUGAGCCAGAAGCAAUCCAAGAACUACUCCUACAUCUUGCAGUGGACACAGAAGGAGCCUGAUGCGGUGGAUCCCAUCCUCAGGUAUCGCCUGGAAGUCCGGCCGGUGUACCACUUUGCCAAUGGGAAACUGCAUCUUUACUCACAAGCUCCAGGACAGCUAAGUCAAAGGAACACCAUCCAGACAUUCAUUCCUGUGCAGAAGAUGGAAAAGGGUCUCUUGUUGGAGCAUGUCUUGCCCAAUCUGAAGGUGCCUCAGAGCUAUGAGGUCCGCCUGACUCCUAUAACUAGCUUUGGGGCUGGAGAUAUGGCUUCCCGCAUCAUCCAAUACAUGGAACCAAUCAACUCUCCCAGCCCAGCAGGCAAUCACUCUCUCCAGGCAGGUUUGGCUGAUCAAAAUCAGCUACUGUUCCCACCCACAGAUAACACCUGCCACUUUGAGGAUGAAAAGAUCUGUGGCUUCAUGCAAGACAGGAUGGACAACUUUGAUUGGACUCGUCAGAAUGCCCAGACGCAGAACCCGAAGCGCACUGUCAACACUGGCCCACCCACAGACAUCAGUGGCACUAAAGAGGGUUAUUACAUGUUCAUUGAAGCCUCUCGGCCCCGAGUGGAAGGAGACAAGGCCCGGCUGAUCAGCCCUCUGUACAACAUUACCGCCAAAUACUACUGUGUCUCCUUCUACUACCACAUGUACGGGAAGCACAUUGGCUCCUUGAAUCUUUUAGUUCGUGUAAAGAACAAACGGGCCAUUGACACCCAAGUAUGGUCACUCAGUGGGAACAGAGGAAACAAGUGGCAGCAAGUACAUGUCCCCAUCAAUCCCCCAGGACCCUUUCAGAUCAUCUUCGAAGGUGUCCGUGGCACAAACUACGAGGGAGAUAUUGCCAUUGAUGAUGUCACUCUGAAAAAGGGGGACUGUCCAAGGAAGCCAAUUGGCCCGAAUAAGGAAAUUUUCUUUCAUCUCUGCCUCAUUCAGCCUCUCCAGCACCCCCUAGUGCAAGAAGCGAGACAAAGAAGGGUGACAUGCAAGCUGAGAGCUGCUGGUGAGUCAGUUGCUGCAAAGCUGGACAGAGCAGAAGGCUGAACUGCAGCAUUUGACGCUGGAUAUUGAGCAGCCUGAAUGAACAGACGCCAGUGUGUUUACGAGGAAGAGAGUUAGAGACCUGCCGACACCUGCUAAGAAACUUCGAUCAGCACUGGCUCUGCCAACAGCUCGGCCUGUUCUCCUCACGCUCGCUGUCUCACUCAUCCCUGACUCCUUAUUACUAAGGCAUGUUUGCCUGGGAGCAGGAACAGAGACCCUGAAGAGGCUUGUGUGUUCCUGCAGCUUGUUCAUCCACUCAGACCAGGAGGUCUCACUGGCAACAUCACAGCUAGAUGCUAUGGAGAUAAUUAUGGGGGCCUCACCGCCCUCUACACACUUACUUCUCCUCCUUUGCUUGGCAGUGCUUGGAUGGAUGACAGCCCUGUGUCCCUCUCUUUGAUGAUUCUGGGCCAAAUUUUGAGCAUCUAAACCGAUUAGCUCCAUGCCCCUGCCAGGCACUCAAACACAUGGUAGAGAGGAGAACAAGACCUAAGAGAGUAGGAGGUGGACUGCUUCUGGCACAAUUGUUCAUGGAAAGCCAAUUUCAAAGCAGCCUACAUGGGUAUUCACAGAAAAGCAGCUUUUAAACUUGCCUGGGUGAGUGCCAGAAAUGGAGGCAUUCAUAUGCUCACCCAGGCAUGGAAGGGAAAAGCAAAAUAAUGCCCCAUGAACUACCUGACCAAACAGAGUUAGCUGCCACAGAUCAGAUACUGCUUGACACUCAUUUAUGAUCAGUUGAACAAUAUGCCUAUCUGAAACAGUCUCCACACUGUUCUGAGUACUAACUACACUCAGGGACAUGGCCGUCUGUUUGAACAUAAAUGUACCAAAGGAAAAAAAGAGUUCACAUUGGCUGGAUAUAUUGUACACUCAGUGUUGUUUGCUCAGCUCUAUAUUGCCUGUCUUUGAUUUUUGUUAGGUCAUCCAUUCUCUUUGUAUCUAUUACCGCCAGUGCCCUGGCCUUUAUUCCAAAACAUUUUGGCUGAUGCAAUAAGGUAACCAAUUAUCUCAAAUUUUCCAGGACAACCCUGAUAUUUGGGGCUAUGCCCCACUGUCCUCAAAGAGUUUCUGAAACAAGGUACUUGACCUCAACCUAAAAAAGGAGUCACAGACUGACUGAUCCACAUUCUACCCAAUGCAUCUCUGGCAGUGUCCUAUUGGAUCUAUGCCACCCAUUGCUGUUUGGUGCUACAUGAACACAACUAUGCAGCUCCCUCCCACACCAAAAACAGUAUAGCCUUGAACCUACAGCACUAUGCCUGGGCUAAUUUUCUCUGUCUCUCAGCAGAGAUAAUUUGCCUGCCAUACUGUGUAAAGACAAAGCUAACUAACCAUGUGAACACAGCUGCAUUGCUUCUGGUUUAGAAAGUAUCUGCAUGUGCUAAUUAGCACACUGAGAUGGCUAUACUGACAGGAACUGUAAGUGAUGUGGACUAAUUCUGGUUCCAGAGGUCUGUGGAUAGGGCCUCUGAAAGGAUUUUUGUCACCUUCAGCAGCCUCUGGUCCUGCCUUUGCCAUGGCCCCUAGCAGUUUUGCACAGCCAGAGCGUCAAGCCACUGCCUGCUGUUUUUACCACCCCCUACAAUUUGCCACCAUAGGUGGCUGCCUGUGCUGGCUGUACUGUUACACCAGCCCUGUCUGUAGAGCAUCUUGUCCUAUAUCCUGUAUUUUGCUAA